AUGGGAAUCAAGGCCUACGAGCCUGUUCAAGGAUUCUUCAUCUACGACGACCCCAGCCAGUCUAGCCUUCCUGCUGUUCCUCCGAGAUUCGGGUUGAAGGACGACUCGGACGAUAGAUGGGCCAAGUUCCUGGGAGACGUUCGCAAGUUGAACGAGGACGCCCCAGAAGGAACCUCGUAUAAGUUCUUCUUACUCUCCAGACACGGGCAAGGAUAUCAUAACGUCGCAGAGGCAAAAUAUGGGACCAUCGCCUGGGACGAUUACUGGGCCAAGCUAGACGGAGACGGAGAAAUCAUUUGGGGUCCCGAUCCUAAACUGACACCCGUUGGAAUCGAGCAAGCGCAUGCCGCUCGGGCAGGAUGGAUAACAGAAUCGCAGUUCGGUAUCCCAGCACCGCACAAGCGCUACUGUAGCCCCCUCACCCGUGCUCUCCACACAUGCGACACCAUGUUCGACGGCGUAUACGAGAAGUAUGAGCAACGCGUGUUUGUCAUGGAGCAUUGCCGCGAGGAGAACGGUGUCCACACCUGUGACAGGCGGAACACACGAACACAUAUUACAUCGACCUUCCCUCAUUUCUCCAUCGAAGACAGCCUGACCGAGCGCGACGAGCUUUGGCACCCAACGAUCAGAGAAACGAAGCCAGAGGUCGCAGAGCGUGCUCGGAAGGUGCUCAACUACAUAUUCGACCACGACAAGGAGCAUACAUUCAUCUCCAUCACUGCCCACGGGGGAUGGAUCACUGGUUUCUUGACUGCCGUCGGAAGCCAGCCCUUCAUUGUACCUACUGGCGGUAAUGGCGUUCUCCCUAUUGUUGUCAAGGCACGAGUUCAAGACUUGCUCAACUAG